AUGUCUUCAGCUCUUGGGCAAAAUCAACUAUUAAUCGAGAUUCGAAGGCAGGACCCGCCAACUAAAUCAAGCGAUCAAGAUGCCAAUCCGAGAAAAGGGGAUGUGUUGGUCAGGCUAAGCCUUUGGGGGAGCGUGACACGGCCCAUACUCUUGACUCAUGAAAUAUCACUCGAUAUAUCAGGGAAUGAUAACGCCACAGCAGAUACAGACACCGUCUUGGCACACAUAAGAACGAGCCACAGGAAGUGGUUGAUGCAUACUUCCGUCCUCCACCGUGACCCUCGAAUAAAGAAGGAUGGCACUCCUAGUUUUUGGUUAGACAUGGGACCACACAUGUAUAUCAGGCCCAUGGUCUAUUAUCAUCCCUGA